GACUUUCUGCGAGCGUUCAAACUGUACCAGAGUUCCAGUAGGCAGCAUCGUGCAAAGAUGAACGAUUCUCCCAACCAUCAGCGUUAUCAUCGCUGAUGUUUAUUACACGCUUUGAGACCCCUUAAAUUCUCUUAUAUAGUGUAAAGUAAUAAAAUAUAGACAUCGUAUGAUCGUCAGAGACGAUUUUUUUGCCUCGUCAGAACGAGAAUCAACCAUGCCGAGGAACGUCACGUAGAAGGGUUUCCUCCUCCUCCUCCCCCCUCGCUCCACCGCCGAGUCGAAAAGAGACGCAGGAGAGGAUCUGGGUCCUUAACGUUCUCGCGAGCACCAACCCUGGACACGUGAAUGGAUCGUCGUCUACAGACGUGAGACACACGAUGGCGAGCACGAGCGAGAACAUUAGCUGCGGCGGCUUCGUGUUCCUCAACAACUUCGACUCGGCCAAUCUGGCCAGGGUGGAACAAGCGAGAACACCGGAGAUCCCCGACAAGGAUGUUUACGAAAUUGAAGGGAAAUUGGCCAAUAACUCGAGUCCUAAGGAGAUGUCGGAUUAUGAGUUUAACCUGUGGACGAAGCACGAUUGUCAUGGCACGCAGUUUCAAAACAGUAACAGGACUUGGUUUUAUUUCGGUGUCAGAUCUAAUCGUCCAAGCGUGACGGUCAGAUUCAACAUAGUCAAUUUGAAUAAGCAAGUGAAGAUGUUCAGUCAGGGAAUGUGUCCAGUUUUUAAAGUUGUACCGGGACACUUGCAUUGGGAACGGAUUCGCGAAAAACCUACAUACACUCUUGAUCAGAGAGGAAACGACUUUACUUUAUCCUUCCUCUAUUACACUCCAGAAAAUUCAAAAGCCAUUACUUAUUUUGCUUUUACCUAUCCAUUCUCGUAUACGGAUUUACAAAAUUAUUUGAGAAGGAUUGAUACAAGAAUGGGUAAAAGGAGUGCAAUGUGUACAGAUGAUAUCUAUUAUCAUAGAGAAUGUGCAAUAAAAUCUUUGGAGGGUCGUAGACUAGAUGUAUUAACAAUAAGCUCCUAUCAUAACAUAUCAAUGGAGAGAGAAGAUAGACUAAUUAAUAUGUUUCCUGAGAGAAGUGAGGAAAGGCCUUUUAAAUUUCGGGACAAAAAGGUAAUUUUUAUAAGUGCGAGAGUACAUCCGGGUGAAACACCAUCCAGCUUUGUUCUGAACGGUUUCCUUAAUUUUUUAUUAAAUCGCGAGGAUCAGAUUGCCAUAAAUUUACGUCGCCUAUACGUGUUCAAAUUAAUACCAAUGCUCAAUCCGGACGGGGUCGCUAAAGGUCAUUAUCGCAUGGACACAAAGGGAGUAAAUUUGAAUAGGAUUUAUUUAAAUCCUUCUGAAAUAGAUCAUCCAACAAUAUAUGCUGCAAGAAAUUUAAUAAGAUAUUAUCACAAUUUUUAUCAAGUACCAAGUGAAUUAAUUGAUGACUUGUCGGAUAUAAAUUUAGAAAUUGUAGACAACAAAUUGAAUGUUAUAAAUUCAACUGCUUCAAUAGCAAACGCUGUACGUGACACAACUACGAGACUGUUGCAGCAAGUAACAUUUAUGUCAUUGGAAGAAAAUAAAUGCGCUUUGGAAACUAAAGAGAAACGUUUAUUGACAUUAGAAAAUUUGGACGGUGCAGUUAUUGAUGAAAGGAAUGAGUUAUCGAAAGAAAAUGGUAAAAAUGAUAACGUCACGGAGGACAAAACAAAUGACAAAGUAACUUAUACAGCUGUCGGAAUGGGCGAGGUAUCGAAAUCUUCGGAUAAUUCUGGACUGUAUUUAUAUAUCGACUUACAUGGUCACGCUUCGAAAAAAGGCGUUUUCAUGUACGGGAAUCAUUUUGCUGAUCCGGAAGAUACUAUUACGUGUAUGCUGUUACCUAAAUUGAUGUCCAUCAACAAUCCACACUUUCAUUUUACAUCAUGCAAUUUUGCAGAACGAAAUAUGUACAUCAUAGAUAAACGAGACGGUAUGUCGAGAGAAGGUUCAGGACGCGUAGCGGUGUACAAAAUGACUGAUCUGAUACGCAGUUACACCCUAGAAUGCAAUUAUAAUUCUGGUCGUUUCGUGAAUUCAAUACCAGCCAGAGUUCGCGAUGGGAUAAACAAAACUAUGAAUCACAUGUUUGUCCCUCCAAAAUAUACCCCAGCAGUGUUCGAAGCGGUUGGAGCAGCGUUAGGUCCAUCUAUUCUUGAUCUCACUGGAAACAAUCCCAACAGCCGAUUGCCAAACAGUCAAUAUCGUUCUCUAAGAGGAGUAAAAUCUCAUUUGAAAUUAACAUAUGUGAACAAUUUGUCCUCACCACCCAACAAAUUGAUGCGUAAGGAUAAUGAGGGUGUCGAUGCACAGAAUACCUGCAUCCUGAAGGAAUUGGAGACGAAGUUAAGCGACGUGGUGACGGGAGCGAAAAACGCCAUCAAGAACGAAAGCAACUUGGUGAAGAAGUGCAUUCUACGCCGCAGUGCUUCUCUUUAUGCAGCGGUGAAGAGGAUCAAAAGCAACAAGAAGCCUCGGCAAACACUUGCUCGUCGAGCCUUGAAGAAUCAUUGUUCUAAUAAUGCGGAGAACAGCGCGAUAAUCUGCGCGGUUAAAUCCAAAGUGGAAGCGAAAACCUUUCUGAAAACGAUCGAUCACUAUCGAUCGAGUAAAUCUAACGUGGGAUCAGGGAUCGGUGACAAUCUUGAACCGCGUUUGAGCACGAAUAAGAAAUUAACGAAUAAUUUGGCGAGGAUGUCUUCCGAAGAAACAGCGGCGGUGAAACACGGUGCGAAAAGAUUGAAAAUCGUUUCGUCGACUAAGACAUUCAAAGCUCUCCCUGAAAUCAGAGAAUCCGGAGUCGUGGGAGAAACCGGCGCGAAAGUGUCCUUGAAGUUAACACGUGCUUACCAGAAACAGAAUGCUAAAGGAACGCACGAUAGGGCCAGACUUGGUAGACACAUCAAAUCAGACAAGUCCCUUAGACUGAAAGAAACAAAUAAGACUGCUGUUAAAGAGAGUUCCAUAUUUGAAGAAGGCAUAUGAAGCAAAAAUCCUGAAAAUGAGCUUCAAUGAUAAAAAAAAAAAAGAAUUGUUACCUUAUUUUGUCAUUGUUUUUCUGAGAAUCUAUCUUUUCAGAAACAUAUUUCGCAUAUUGUAAUAUACAGGGUGCGCCAAAAGUCUGGAUACAUCUAAAUAUCUCACAAACGGUGCAUUUUAGAAAAAAAUGUUUCAGGCAAAAGUUGUUUGGUUUCGA